AUGGCAGAAAAGUUAUCCAACGCUAACACGUUGUUUUCAACAUACGACCUUGAUAUGGAUUCCAUGUGUAUUUUUAUUUUGCAUCUCUCCGAUACUUACGGCUCAAAUAACUUACGGCAGAGUAAUAAUCUUCCUACUAAGAAUAUUGUUGAGGUUUUCGCUAUACUUCUUGCUUGUGACGCAUUAUUUCUUUUUGUUACCUCCUUUAUAAAGGCGGCUACUGUUCGCGUUCCCUAUGCUGUUGAAUUCGUUUAUCCCCUGAUGUUAUUCCUGACCAUGAUUCUGCACACACUCUUUAUAUAUGGUUGUCGGCGUUGUGGUAAAUUAACUUCCGGUGGUUUGUUUCUCUCUUGGAUCAUGUUUACAGUUUGCGGUUUACCUGAGAUGGUGUAUUGGCUCCAUGUGAGCUGGAAUCUAAAGGAUUAUCGUGAUGUUAUGCUUCCGCAAUAUCUUGCUCAUAUGGUAUGGUGGCCGAUAUGCUUAGUCGAGUUAGUACUCCACUGUUUUGCUGAUACUCCACCUUUUUCCUCCAAAGCCAUCGAUAAGGACAAAGUUUCGUCGCCUGAAGUGUUUUCUUCAUUUAUCAAUCGCUUGACAAUGUGGUGGUUCAAUGGCAUUUGUCGGUUAGGCGUGAAAAAGCCAUUAGAGGGCCAGAUCCAUUCCUUUCAGCCUACUGAUCUGUAUUCCUUGAAUGAUGGCGACUCUUCCGCUUUUCUUGUACCGAAAUGGUCAAGACUAUGGGAGAGGAAGAUGAACGGUCCGCUGACAACUGUGAAGUUGGUACUUGUCAUUAUCAUUGAUCUCUAUGUUGAGAGUGCAAUACAAUUGUGUGUGGUUGUCUUGUUCGUAGCUUUGCUUUUUCCAGAUUACAACAAUCGCCGCGUUCAACAGAUCUCUAGUGAAAGCAGACGUACGAACUCAUCAAGUAACGGUGAUCAAAACACUCCGCUUUUGAGUGACGUUGAUGACCAGAAUCAACAUGAUGAUGUACGAAUUUUCGUCUUUUUUUUCAUAUUGAAUUACGAUUCCCAAUCAAGUGUACCUUGCGUGAGCCCGCCAUCAAUUAUCUAUUGCCUAUUCCUGCUAUUUAAGUGGGAGAUAACUACCGCCAUGUUUACAAAAGCUGUUUCUGAUCUUUUGCAGUUUUGUAAUCCUUUAUUGUUAAGAUCUCUUAUUCGAUUCACUGAAAAUUCGGAACGGCCACUAUGGGAAGGAAUUAUUCUUGCAUUGACUAUGUUCACUACAUCUGAGCUAUCAUCUUUGAUGCUGUCACAUUACUACUACCUUAUGUACAGAGUUGGAACCAGAGUGCAGACGUGCUUAACCGCAGCGGUGUACAGGAAGACCUUGAGGCUUUCUAAUGCAGCACGACGGUCCAAAACUGUAGGCGAGAUUGUCAACUUGAUGUCCAUCGACAUUGACCGUUUUCAACAAAUCGCACCCCAAACUAUGCAGUACUGGAGCAACCCGCUUCAGAUUGGACUAGCGUUGUUUUUCUUGUGGAAUCAGAUUGGAAUCUCCGUACUUAGUGGUGUAGCUGUAAUGAUAAUGCUUUUUCCUGUUAACUUCUUAAUUACAAUGCUCAUACGUAAAUGUCAAGUUAGUGGAAUUUUUGUGGCCAGCACAUCCUCUUAUCUCUUGUCAUUUCCAUCAGCUCCUGUUCACCCACUUCAGGUGAUAAAAUUAUACGCAUGGGAACCACCUAUGGAGAAGGUUGUCACAGAGCUGCGAGAGAAAGAAUUAGCUCUCAUUCGUAAGGCUGCUCUGCUUCGAACCCUCUCGGAUAUGUUUAAUUCAGCUUCCCCAUUCCUGGUUGCCUUAUCCACCUUUAGUACUUUUAUCUUACUCGAUCCUAAGAACGUCCUCACUCCUGAAAUUGCCUUUGUUUCCCUCACACUAUUUAACCAGUUGCGAACUCCUAUGUCACAGGUUGCAGAAAUGAUCACGCAAACAGUCCAGGUUGUUGUGUCAAACCGUCGGCUCACUGAAUUUCUGAUAUCAGAGGAACUGUCACCGAUGUGUGUAGACAGCGUUGCUAGGGAUAAUGAUGAAGUUAUCAAGUGUUCUAACUUAAGUUUGGCGUGGGAUAAGACUGAGACGGAAGCGGCCCUCUCUAAUGUCAAUUUCACCGUCACAAAAGGACAGCUUGUUACCGUAGUUGGACGUGUUGGACAUGGAAAAAGUUCUCUUCUUCAGGCAUUGUUGGGAGAAAUGGAUAAACUGCACGGUUAUAUUGGUCUUACCGGUCGUGUCUCAUACGUACCUCAACAACCGUGGAUGCAAAAUCAAACCAUACGACAGAACAUAACUUUCGGGAAAAAAUUUGAUGAAUAUUUCUACAAUCGUGUGCUAGAUGCUUGCGCACUCUAUCCAGAUCUUCAGAUGCUUCCAAUGGGCGACAUGACGGAAAUUGGCGAAAAAGGAAUCAAUCUGUCUGGGGGACAAAAGGCGCGAAUAUCUCUUGCACGUGCUGUGUAUCAGAACCAUGAUGUCUACCUACUUGAUGAUCCCAUGAGCGCUGUAGAUUCACACGUUGGCGCACAGCUCUUCUCAUCAGUUAUAGGACCGGAGGGAAUGCUCAGAAACAAAACUAGAGUACUUGUUACUAACGAGUUGGCUUUUCUUAAACAUUCAGAUCUCGUCAUCAUCAUGAAGAAUGGAAUGGUUGAGCAUGUGGGAACGUACCAAGAACUCACGCAGUCCGGAGCUCUACAACCUCUUCUAGAAGAAUGUGAAAAGGAGCAUGAACAGAGAAGGAAACAAAAGGAAGAGGAAAGCGACAUCCUGGGUACGUCACAUAUGUCUACUGUAUCUGGUAUCGUGCGUCGCAUCAGCACAUCUACCAUGAAGCAUCAUAAGAGACGAAGACAUGAUACUGCAAGGAGCAAUAUUCCAGCACCAAGCGACUCUUUUCACCAAUUAACUGCAGCUGAACAUGUGGAAACUGGGAGGAUAAAAUUCGACACUUAUCUUAACUACUUCGGUGCGAUGGGUGUCACCCUCGCUGUACUUUUCGUUUUGGGUAUGGUACUGAAUACUGUCUUUUCUAUGGCAAGAAACAUGUGGUUAACUGACUGGUCCGACUAUAAUACCCAUGUGAUGAACAGCACUAAACGUCGUCACUCCAUGCGUAUGCGACUUGGAGUUUAUGCAGCACUCGGCUUCAGCGAAGUGUUUUUACUUUUUAUUGGUAUUGUUUCGUUGCUCUUCGGCGGAGUAUCAGCUUCGCGAAAUCUCCAUACACCAUUGCUUCAUUCAAUAUUUCGUGCUCCAAUGUCCUUUUUUGAUACCACCCCUUUCGGAAGGAUAUUGAACCGUAUUGGUAAAGAUAUUGAAACAGUUGAUCUACUUUUGCCACUGAACGUCCAGUUUUUCAUGCACUGUUUCAUGCAAGUUCUUUCUACUUUGGUGAUUGUCAUGUAUUCUACUCCAGCCUUCGGAUUGGCUGUCAUACCACUCGCUUUCAUAUAUUCAUUGAUAAUGAGAUAUUACAUCGCGACUUCCCGACAACUAAAAAGGCUAGAGUCUAUUUCUCGCUCGCCCAUAUACAGCCAUCUUGGAGAAAGCAUACAGGGAGCAGCUACUAUACGUGCCUACCGGCUGAUGGAACGUUUUGCUAAAAUGUCAGAACAGAAAGUCGACGCCCACGUGCAAUGUCGUUACUUUGGAUAUGUCGCUAACCGCUGGAUGUCCGUUCGUUUGGAGUUGCUGGGCAACUGUGUUGUGCUUUUCGCUGCGUUGUUCGCUGCUCUCACAAGGGCAACUACUACAUCUGGUGUUAUUGGUUUAUCCGUAUCCUACGCACUCAGUGUAAGUAGUAUUUGUUCCAAAUUUGAGGACCAACUCAAAGAUUUGAAUUGUCUCAAAUUUUGUACAGAGGAGUAAUU